GUCACAGCCCGCCUUUGCCCGUUGCGAUACUCCAAUCAGGACAUUGACCCGUCCUGGACUAGAUAGGCCUUCCUGUCGUCUACUCUUCCUCCGGUGGUUUCGCUACAUGUCAUGAAUCAGACCCGUUCCAGGUAAUCGUGAUACCGUCCGGGGUGUGCCGCAGCAAGUCCAACCCAACCUACUAUGGCCUCACACCCAGCAUCUCUGAGGGACCGUCAGGUCGCCUCCAUCCACAAGAUCCUCAACUUGAACCACGAUCCCCAGCCCGCGGAAGACGCCCACCACGAUGCGUCUGCGCAGGGCCUCAUCUCGACCCCCGUGUUGAACGAAGAUGGCGAUCCGAUCUGGAAGGUCCUUGUGUUUGACGGCAUGGGGCGAGAUGUUAUCAGCAGCGUACUCCGUGUCAAUGACCUCCGGGCUUGGGGGGUCACAAUCCAUCUAGGCAUCAAUUCCAAUCGAUACCCCAUCCCUGAUGUCCCCGUCGUUUAUCUCGUCGAACCAACACCUGCCAAUGUCGAAGCGAUCACAAAUGACCUCUCUCGCGGGCUCUACUCGCCCGCCUACGUCAAUUUUCUAUCCUCCGUGCCCCGACCCCUCCUCGAAGACUUUGCGUCACAGAUCGCGACAACCGGGACCGCGGAACACGUCGCUCAGGUCUUUGAUCAGUACUUGAACUUCAUCGUGGCUGAGCCCGACCUGUUCAGCCUGGGACUGGGGAAUGAUGCAUACUGGAAGAUCAACAGCGCCCAAACCAGCGACGAUGAUCUAGACGCAAUGGUGGAUAGAAUCGUCAGCGGUUUGUUUAGCGUCAGCGUUACUAUGGGUGCCAUCCCAAUUAUUCGGUGUCCCAAAGGCGGCGCAGCAGAGCUAAUAGCGACGAAGCUUGACCGCAAGCUACGCGAUCACAUCCUGAACUCCAAAGACAAUCUGUUCUCGAAGAAGGCCACUCCUGGCGUCCCAUCCGCGCGACCGGUUCUGAUCAUCGUGGACCGCAACGUGGAUCUAGUACCGAUGCUUUCCCACUCAUGGACGUACCAAUCUCUCGUCCAGGACGUUCUACAGAUGCGCCUCAAUCGGAUCACAGUAGAAACCACGGAUGAAAUAAACCCCGACAAAGUCUCCAAGAGGGCGUACGACUUGAACAGCAACGACUUCUUUUGGAAGCGCAAUGCCGGUGCACCCUUCCCGCAGGUGGCGGAAGACAUCGAUACAGAGCUUACGCGAUACAAAGAGGAUGCCACCGAGAUCACAAAGAAGACAGGCGCUUCUUCGAUCGAAGAUCUCCAGAACGACACCAGCGCCUCUGCGCAGCACCUAAAAGCCGCCAUCACCCUCCUCCCGGAGCUUCGGGAACGCAAAGCUAUUCUCGACAUGCACAUGAACAUCGCCACCGCCCUACUGAAGGGAAUCAAAGACCGUCAGCUCGACAACUUCUUCGAACUCGAAGAAAACAUCACCAAGCAGUCCAAGGCCCAGAUCAUGGAACUGCUCAACGACUCCACGAAGGGCAACAACCCGCUGGACAAGCUCCGCCUGUUCAUCAUCUGGUUCCUGAGCACCGAAACGGAGGUCUCCCGUGCCGAGAUGAGCCAAUUCGAAGAAGCCCUCACCAAGGUCGGAGUCACGGACGUCACCCCGCUGGCCUACGUGCGUCAAGUCCGCGAGAUCACCCGCAUGACAAUGAUGACCACCGCGACCGCCGCCCCGCAACAACAGUCCUCCAACCUCCUCCGCGGCUUCUCCUCCCUCUCCAAUCAGCUCACCGACCGCAUCACAUCCGGCGCCCUCGGCGCUAACUUCGACUCCCUCAUCUCCGGUGUCAAGAACUUCCUCCCCGCAAACAAGGACCUCACCCUCACCAAAAUCACCGAAUCCAUCAUGGACCCGGCUUCCGCUUCCAGCUCCGCCAUCGCCAAAACAGAGACCUACCUCUACUUCGACCCCCGCAGCGCCAACGCCCGCGGCGCCAUGCCCCCGGCCUCUGCCUCCCGCAACGCCCAGGGCCAGCCCAUCAACGCCUCCGGCCCCGGAAUGGCCGCCACCUUCGGCCAGCGCCGCCAGGCCUUCAACGAAGCCAUCGUCUUCACCGUUGGCGGUGGCAGCAUGGACGAGUACGGGAACCUGCAAGACUGGGUCGGUCGGACGAGCGGACAGCCCGGCGCUGACGGAGCUGGGGCCGGUAACCGCGCCGCUGCGUCCGGUGCCCCCGGGGGUCCCAGACGGAGAGUCGUCUACGGUAGUACCGACUUGAUGAACGCGACUGAGUUCCUGACGGAGUCCUUGGCCAAGCUAGGCCGGGAGGGUUAGAUAUUGCUAUUGUCUGGAAUGGAAGGUGGUUAGGGAGGAGUUGUAGUAGCAAAUAGAAUUUGCCUUCGACGUAUAGUACUUAUAGCUAAUCGACACGCUUAUGGAGACGAUUCCGUUU